ACUCCCCCCCCCCCACCCCCCACCAUUCCUUCCGGGCCCACUCUCUCUCAUCACCACCCAAUCCCCACCCCCGUUCUGUCAACGCCGCCGUCACUCCCUCCGCCGCAGCGCCGUCGCCGUUUCCCCCGGCCCCAAGAUGUCGUCGCCGCUGCUGCGAAGGAGGAGAAGGGCCGCGCCGGAAAACGAGCCGAGAGGAUCCGACCCGGAAGAGGAAAAACCCGAGACGACCCGGAAGAGGAAACCCGAGAAGCAAUGGUCCUGCGUGGACAACUGCUUCUGGUUCAUCGGGUGCAUCUGCGUUCUAUGGUGGGUGCUCUUGUUUCUCUACAACAUCAUGCCUUCUUCUCUCCCACAGUACGUUACCGAGGCGAUAACGGGUCAUCUACCCGACCCGCCCGGGUUGAAGCUGAGGAAGGAGGGUUUGACAGCUAAGCACCCCGUUGUUUUCGUUCCCGGAAUCGUCACCGGAGGUUUGGAGCUCUGGGAGGGCCACGAUUGCGCCGACGGCUUAUUCCGUAAGAGAUUGUGGGGCGGCACUUUCGGCGAAGUCUACAAAAGACCUUCGUGUUGGGUGGAGCACAUGUCGCUGGACAACGAAACGGGCCUGGAUCCUCCGGGCAUACGCGUCCGGCCGGUGACGGGUCUCGUCGCCGCGGACUAUUUCGCGGCCGGGUAUUUCGUGUGGGCGGUUUUAAUUGCUAAUCUUGCCCACAUUGGAUAUGAGGAGAAGACAAUGUACAUGGCCUCGUACGAUUGGCGGAUUUCGUUUCAAAACACGGAGGUUCGUGAUCAGACGUUGAGUAGAAUCAAAAGUAAUAUAGAACUUAUGGUUAAUACGAACGGUGGGAAUAAGGCGGUAAUAAUCCCGCACUCGAUGGGGGUUUUGUACUUUCUUCACUUCAUGAAGUGGGUGGAGGCGCCCGCCCCCAUGGGGGGCGGGGGUGGGCCCGGUUGGUGCGAUAAGCAUAUUAAGGCCGUGAUGAAUAUCGGUGGGCCGCUUUUAGGCGUUCCGAAAGCUGUUUCUGGCCUUUUUUCCACCGAAGCUAAGGAUAUUGCCGUUGCGAGGGCGAUAGCGCCGGGGGUUCUUGAUUUGGAUUUAUUUCAAAUUCACACUUUGCAGAAAUUAAUGAAGAUGACUAGGACGUGGGAUUCGACGAUGUCUAUGAUACCUAAAGGCGGAGAUACUAUAUGGGGCGGUCUCGAUUGGUCUCCGGAGGAAGAAUAUUCUCCUAGUGGAAGAAAACGGAAUACGAAUAAUGAUACUACGGAUUCUUCCGAGGAUGGAAAGGACGAAGGGAAACGAAAACGUGCCCCUUUUGGAAGAAUGAUAUCGUUCGGAAAAGAUGUGGCGGACGCGGAUGCUUCCGAGAUUAACCGAAUUGAUUUCCGGGAUGCGAUAAAGGGUGACAACGUGGCGAACAACACAUGUGUGGAUGUGUGGACGGAGUAUCAUGACAUGGGGUUGGAUGGAAUCGAAGCCGUUUCAGAUUACAAAGCUUAUACGGCCGGAGACGUAGUGGAUCUUUUGAGCUUCGUCGCCCCGAAAAUGAUGGCGAGAGGGGACGCUCAUUUCUCGUACGGGAUUGCCGAUAAUUUGGAUGAUCCAAAGUAUUUGCACUACAAGUAUUGGUCAAAUCCAUUGGAAACAAAGUUGCCAAAUGCUCCCGAAAUGGAGAUCUUCUCAAUGUACGGAGUCGGAAUCCCAACCGAACGAGCCUACGUCUACCGCCAAACUCCGUCAGGCGAAUGCCACAUCCCGUUCCAAAUCGACACAUCAGCAAGCGAAGAAGACGAGGACAUGUGCUUGAAAGACGGCGUCUACACGGUGGAAGGAGACGAGACCGUCCCCGUCUUGAGCGCGGGCUUCAUGGGUGCAAAGGGCUGGCGUGGAAAAACGAGAUUCAACCCCUCGGGAAUCAAAAACUACAUUAGAGAAUACGAUCACGCCCCUCCGGCCAAUCUUCUAGAAGGCCGCGGGUCCCAAAGUGGGGCCCACGUCGAUAUAAUGGGGAACUUUGCUUUGAUUGAGGACGUUAUGAGAGUUGCUGCGGGGGCCACGGGAGACGAAUUGGGAGGCGAUCAAGUUUGUUCGGACAUCUUUAAGUGGUCGGAGAAGAUCGACCUAAAUUUAUAACGUUUCGAGACUUCUUUAAGGUAAAAUUACGUCUAUUACAUGGGCCGAAGUAAUUAACGUUGUAAUUUAUGAAUUGUAUGAUAAUUCUUUGUGUAAAUUACAUUGUAUGAUGAUUGAAUAGGAGAAGAGCAACUCCAAUGGUGAUGAGUAAUUAAGAUUGGAGCAUCAAAUUUCGUUUUGAUUU